AAUCUCAUGAUUGACGACGGCAGUGAUUAUGAAAAAUAUUUCGUCGAAGCUAAAAAACUAAAACAUUUAGCUGAUUCAGUGUCUGAUCCUUUCAAGCAUUGUCAGUUGUACAUGUAUGCCGUUCUUCACUUCCUUUUAACUGGGGAUGCUAUGGAAAAAAAGGGAAACAAAGAGGAGGCAGCUUUCACGAUGUUCAGGGACACUCUCCCCCCAAACAAAUACAUUUCCGGAAGAUAUAAGCAACACAUGUAUUCUCGAAUGUUCACCACCCUGGCCGUUUUGAAUUAUCGCUGUCAAUCAAGAGUGUACUUCAAACUCUUGGAAAUAAAGAGAAAAGAAAAUAGGGAGUAUGAGAAAAAAAUAUCAGAUUUUUAUAAUAAGAUUGGGGCCGAACCGACUGCUUCAUCAACAGUAUCAUCAUCAGGUUCAGUGGGAUCAAUAGAAAACCAUUAUUCAUCUGGUGAGAGCGGUAGUGACCCACCCACCAGAAAGCAAGGAAUCUGGGUGCCCUUGCCUGUUCGCAACGCUGCGUCAAUCCAAAACCAGCAUUUGACGUACUUGCUGGGCUAUAUGGAUCUCUGGGAAGCCGCUAAUAGUUUAGUAGAAAAUGCAGGUCUCACUGAAUUCUUCAUUCAUUUGGAUAGAACCUGCAGACCAUUAAUGAUAAACAGUUCAAUUCGACAUUUGGUGUGGUGUUGUAAGAAGGGCAUUGAGCUGGCCCAGGAAAAAAUGCAGGAAAAGAACCGAAAAGAGAACUUUCAAUAAUGGAUUAAUUAAUUACGGCUAAUAAACAGAUCGCCCGAUUCUGAAAUUUAUAUAAAAAACUCACUGGUAAAUGAAUGGAAAUCAUAAAAGAGUUUAUUGAAUUUUCAACUUAUAAACAAUUCACUUUCACAAGCCUCCAUCUAUUUAGAAACUACCAGCAGACCAUAAAAAACAAGGCUC